AACCUUUCUUUUCAGUUGCGGCGACAAAGCAAACGCGCGCGCACACGUCGCACUUUACAAAAGAAAACGCUUUAGAGCUUGAGAAGGCAAUCGGAAAACUUUAUACUUACUCGCGCAUAGUUUAAUUUUAUUCAGUACGGCUCCAGCUAUAUGUGGACAAAAAUUUGUCAUUAUAGCUGAGUGAAAACGGGAGAAACACGGCGCAGCAUUAGUGCACCUCCAAAAAUUAAGCACCACGCCAAUAAUCAUAGAGAAAAUUUUGCGAGGACGCGACGAUUUCAAACACAAAGCAUUAAACAAACAGAAAAGUGUAGUGAAAAUGGUGAGCAGCUCAUCCACUAAUCGCCGACAACAGAAUCGCCGACGCCAACAAUCGACCGACACGAUUGCAAACACGUUGCCAAUGUUGCAACAGACACUGCUGCUUGGGAUGGUACUGCUGUUGACCGUUAGCCAAAGCGAAAACGCAGUUGGCGCCACUAAGGACUCGCCAAUUAAGUUCAUUAAAUUGCCAGCACAAGCGCCAAUAAUCAAUUAUAUACAGAGCACGGGUGAUUCACCGAUCAUAAGUUAUCGCAACAGUAAGGGACAUUUACGAUCUGACUUAGCCGAAACCACCACCGAAGACAUGGUCAAUGCUCACACGUCGUCGCCCAUUCUUAGUCGAGCCGCCUUGGCAUAUUCAGAGUACAUAAAUGCGGCUAUGAACCCAAUGGUUAUGGACGAGGAUGCAGCACUGCGGCAGCAGCGUGGUAACGCCAACGCCUGCCCUAGAUCUUGCCCGCCAAGUACAACUGUGGGCGCUGUACCGGUUUGCGCCUCAGACGGCUUAAUAUAUGCGAAUCUCUGUGAAAUGAAGAAAAAAACUUGUUCUCGAAAUGGGUCAAACACAGUAAAGACCAUUAAAGAUGGCUGUGAACGGGCGCGGGGUUCCGAAUGCAAGCACCGGUGUCCAACAGAGAAGGAUCCAGUUUGUGGCACCGAUGGCCACACUUACCUAAAUCGUUGUAUGUUGCGCGUGCAAGCGUGUCGUGUAGGUUUGGCUGCGGUUAGCAUGUCGCACGUGGGCGCCUGCAGUAACAUCAGUGCCAUACGCGAAUCCUGUCCGGUAGAUUGUAAGAGCGCACCUAAAGAUGGCCCAAUAUGCGCUUCGGACGGCAAUGUGUACAAUUCGACUUGCGAAAUGAAAUUGCUAACAUGCAGCCAAGGAGUCGUGAAGACCAGUCGAAAGCAUUGCCAAUCGACGCGCAUGUGUCGUGAAUCUUGCUGGCGUGUUGCGCGGCCCACCUGCGGCUCUGAUGGUCGCCUGUACGCCAGUCCAUGUAAGAUGCGUGCUUAUAACUGUGGCAAGCAUAUCUUCGAAGUACCGCUAUCAUUCUGCAUGUCACAGGAACGGAAUAGCAAUGGUAGCAAGACAGCGGACAACUGUCCCACCGAGUGCCAGUCAACCUCAGACACGCCAUCACAAUAUGUCUGCGGAAGCGAUGGUAAUAUUUACUCAUCGCUCUGCGAAUUAAAAAUGCUCAAUUGUGGUCCACAAAGAAAAUCUAUACAAAAAAUGAGUAUGGACAAGUGUAAAUCCCGCUUAAAUCGAUGCAAACAGUUGCCGCCUUGCAAAGAUUUUAACAAUUUAUUUGGGUCCAUAUUUUCUUCCCAUCGCAACGACAAACUCUGUGGAAGUGAUGCAAAAACAUAUAACAAUGAAUGUGAACUGGCGCAUGCCACAUGCUUACGAGGGGUAAAUCUGGCGCAUAUUGGCCCCUGUACGGACUUGAAGGCACAGACAAAGGAUUGCGGCGAGCGUUGUACGCGUAACGACAUUGAAAGUGGGCCCGUGUGUGGAUCGGACGGCAAUACAUUCCCGUCGCUAUGCGAUUUUAAACGUCGCACUUGUCACAUGCGUGUCGUUCCUGUAUCCUUAAAGAACUGCUUGCUAACCGCCGAUUGCGAGUCAGAUUGUGAUGCCCAGCCACCAAAUUUCGUUUGUGGAUCUGAUAACAAAUUUUAUAAAUCCGAGUGCCACAUGCGCAAAGAAAACUGUGGCAAACAUGUGUUUGUUGUUCCUCUGAAACGUUGCCUCAGCAGUAUCCAGUUUAAGGGUUGUUCACGAAUUUGUCCUCGUGAGUUCGAACCUAUCUGUGGAACGGAUGAAAUGACAUAUCUUAAUGAAUGCUUCUUAGAAAUCGAAAACUGCCGGACAAAUAACACUGUAAAAGUGAGCCAUUACGGAGCUUGUGGUCGACCAGAGGCGCCGUCCACAAACUAUCUUUACUAA